AUGCCCAGCUCAGCCCAGCAGCUCACCCCAGCUGGAGAGGACAGACGCAUCCCUGCAGAGUUUCUCUGCCCGAUCUCAAAGACGAUCUUCAAGGAGCCAGUCAUCGCGUCCGACGGCUUCACCUACGAGCGGCAGGAGAUAGAGAAGCGCUUCAAGAGCAUGGACUUGACUUCGCCCGUCACCAACCUUCCUUUCCCCGGCACCAAACUCAUUCCCAACAAGGUCCUGGAGGCCUUGAUACGAAAGUACUAG